AGGAGAUCCUGGAGCGCGGUCCACCUACAUUCUCACCUGACCACUCGGGAGCAGUAAGCCUGUAAAGAUGAUCAAAGUAAUGUUGCCGGUACUCUUGGUCCUGGUGGCCGUGUCUUCCACAUUUGGGAAAUACAGCCCGAAGACAGGCAAGAGGAUCCCUCAGACUCUGUCCAGAGGUUGGGGUGAUCAGCUGAUCUGGGCUCAGACUUACGAGGAGGCUCUCUAUUGGUCCAGGUCAAGGAACAAGCCUCUGAUGGUCAUCUUCCACCUUGAGGACUGCCCACACAGCAAGGCAUUUAAGAAGGUUUUCUCUGAGGACAAUGAGAUUCAGAAAGUUCUAGAUGAGGACUUCAUCGUCCUCAACCUGGUGUAUGAAACUACAGACAAACAUCUCUCUCCUGAUGGACAGUACGUUCCCAGAAUCAUUUUUGUCGACCCCACAAUGACGGUGAGGGCUGACAUCACCGGUCGCUACGCCAACCGCAUGUAUGCCUACGAACCAAAUGACCUCAAACUCUUGAUGAGCAACAUGCAGAAGGCUAAGAAGCUUCUGAAGUCUGAGCUGUGAGCAAGAAGACAAGACUCAUGCUCCACUUGUGAUCCUGAUCCAGAGUUUAUUGUUGCCACAGAUGCCAAUAACAUGCUGUCACCACAGUUUACAUAUGGAAAACCAAGCACUGGAAAGUUUCCUCUCCUCACCCCCGAUUCUUACCUUUGUUAUUAUUGCUGUACAUCCAGACUGUCUUUUGAAUAAAUAU